AUGGGAGCAUUGCUGGCUGCUGUGCUCACUGUCAUCUUCAAGGAGGAGCAUGUUUUGAUGCUGCCCAGCCACACAUGCGGGAACCCCGGGGACAUCCUGAAAGGGGUGCUGCACGGAUCCAGGUUCAACAUCGGAGACAAGAUCCGCUACAGCUGCCUGGCCGGCUACGUCCUGGAGGGCCACGCGACGCUCACCUGCAUCGUCAGCCCCGGGAGUGGCGCCACCUGGGACUUCCCGGCCCCCUUCUGCAGAGCCGAGGGAGCCUGCGGGGGGACCCUGCGGGGCACCAGCAGCAGCAUCUCCAGCCCCCACUUCCCGUCCGAGUACGAGAACAACGCCGACUGCACGUGGACCGUCCUGGCCGAGCCCGGGGACACCAUCGCGCUGGUCUUCACCGACUUCCAGCUGGAGGAGGGCUACGACUUCCUGGAGAUCAGCGGGACGGAGGCGCCGUCCGUGUGGCUCACGGGCAUGAACCUGCCCUCCCCCGUCAUCAGCAGCAGGAACUGGCUGCGCCUGCACUUCACCUCCGACGGCAACCACCGGCGCAAAGGCUUCAACGCCCAGUUCCAAGGGCAGUCAGACACCGUGAAGCUCCUCUCUGUGACUGGCGGCCGAGCCCUCGGGUCUGCAGACCAGUUAGUUUGCAAGAUGCUGGCAUUCACCCCGGUGGCAGCGCGGGCGAGUGCAAGCGUCACCCUGGGCUCCGCACAGUCCAGGAGGCUGUCGGCCCACGUUGCCAGCAAUUACUCAGGGAAGAGCCGGCGACAGUGUGACGAGGGCAGCGAUGGGCCGUGGGUGGAUGUGAAGCUGAGGAGAAAGGAGAAAAUUUACCCUGAAAAGAGCAAUCUGGGAGGUGAAUUGGAAAAUCGCGAGCGCUUGGAAGAGGUGGAAUUAGGUCUGACAUUUGUAGAAGAUGAUGGAAAGGUGUGUGGGGGCCAAAUGAAAAAGGCCAUCGAGCUCAAGUCCAGAGGCGUGAAGAUGCUGCCCAGCAAGGAGAGCAGCCCCAAGAACUCCGUCCUGAGUCAGGGGGGCGAAGCCCUCGUCUCCGACAUGUGCCCAGACCCGGGGGUUCCAGAAUUCGGGCGACGAGCAGGAGCUGAUUUCAGGGUCGGCGCGAACGUGCAGUUCUCCUGUGAGGACAGCUACGUGCUGCAGGGCUCCAAGAGCAUCACCUGCCAGCGGGUCACCGAGACGCUGGCUGCCUGGAGCGACCACCGGCCCAUCUGCCGAGCUCGGACGUGCGGGUCCAACCUGCGGGGGCCCAGCGGCACCAUCACCUCCCCCAACUACCCGGUGCAGUACGAGGACAACGCCCACUGCGUGUGGGUCAUCACCGCCUCGGACCCCGACAAGCAACGUCCAAGCGCGUCCGUGAAGCAGCGCCACGUCCAGGUGGGCCUGGCGGAGCGGAUGUGCUGA